AUGUUGUCCUGGCGGAUGCUUGCGAAGAUCUUUGUUUUGCUGGGCGUGGCCGGCGCUGAGUACCAUGUCGGAGUUGGCAUUGCUGACGUCACCGGACCGGCAGCAGAAGUCGUGAUGAUGGGCUAUGCAGAUCAGGAUCAGCGAGUCACUGGAAUUCACAUGCGCUUGCACGCGCGAGCCUUCAUCUUUUUGGAUCCUGAAGCCAACAAGCGCAUGAUCUAUGUUGCGGUGGACACUUGGGCUGCUACAGAGUCUCUGAUUCAAGGAUUGGAAGGGCGACUGCUUAUGGAACUCCCUGGCUUGUAUAGCAGGCACAACGUUAUCAUUGGACCAAGCCACACCCAUAUGGGCCCAGCUGGAACAAGCCCGUACUACCUCUACCAGGUGUCGUCCUUUGGAUAUGUCAAGCAAUCCACCCAGGCGCUUGUGGAUGGCAUGACCGAAGCGGUGAAGAUGGCCCACUACAACAUCCGCCCGGCGAAGGUGACCAUGGGCCUGGGCCCGGUGGACAACACCACGGUGCCAGGAUGUCCCAUGCCGUACUGUGCCUCGCGGAACCGGAGCCCCACCUCUUAUUUGCACAAUCCUGAGGAGGAGCGGGCCAACUACUCCAGCAACAUGGAUUACGACAUGGAUUUGAUCAAGAUUGUUGACGCGAAGACUGGGGAGCCGAUGGGCACGAUGAACUGGUUCGCAGUCCACGCCACGAGCAUGAAAAGCAGCAGUGGUCUCAUUUCAGGAGACAACAAGGGCUAUGCACAGUACCUCUUCGAAAAGGCCAUCAACGGUCCUAGCUCAGUCCGCCCAGCCGGACGAGGGCCCUUCAUCGCUGGAUUUGGAGCCGGGGCAGCUGGGGACAUUUCGCCAAACACCUAUGGCAGCUGGUGCCAGGACGGAAAGUCUUGCGAAACUGCUCAAUCAGUGUGCUAUGACCACCGUGGGAAACCCAGCAACGGAGAAUGCAACGCGUAUGGUCCUGGCGGCGGGGACAUCCUCCAUUCCACAAAGGUGAUUGGCGAGCGGCAGUACUUGGCAGCCAGGCAUAUUUUUGACGGCGCAGACCGCUCCAUUGGGCGUGGAGUCGACUAUCGUACCCGCUACGUUGACCUGACCCAAUACUAUUUCAAGUACGAGGAUGGUAGACCUGGGCGCACCUGUCCACCGGCUAUGAGCACUACCUUCGCAGCAGGGACCACUGAUGGACCUAGUCAUGUGGAUGAAUUUGGACAGAAUAUGACGCCAACAAAUGGUUUUCUUCGAUUCUUGGGACAUCUUAUCACAUUGCCUCCUGCUGAAGCGAAGAGUUGCCAUGCUCCCAAAGACAUCUUGCUGUACACUGGUAGCAUGAAGGCGCCUUAUCCAUACAUGCCUUCCAGGAUGGCGUUCCAAUUGCUUCGCAUUGGGGAUUUGAUCAUUGCAGGCGUUCCAGGUGAAUUCACCACAAUGGCAGGGCGUCGCACUGCCAAAGCGAUCAAGAAGCCCCUCGUUGAGAAAGGAGUGGUGAGUCCGGAUGCCCGCGUUGUGAUCAACAACUGUGCCAGUGGAUAUGCCGGGUAUGUGACUACAAUCGAAGAGUACCAACAUCAACGUUACGAGGGAGGAUCCACCGCUUACGGUCCUCAUACCCAUGGCGCAAUGACAAAUAUUCUCAGGGAGAUGGCAGAGGAGAUGGCAGAGGGAAAAGUCUACCGCUGGCCUGGCGCUGUUCCAAAGAUCCCAACGCAGGAUCAGAUGAUGGAGGGGCAGACUGAUGUGGUUGCGGAUGAUCCUCCAAUCGGCGGGAAAUUUGGUGAUGUAAAGACUGACGUUCGAGGGAUGUAUGCUCCCGGACACAGAGUGCAGGCCACGAUUUGGGGCGCACAUCCGCGCAAUAAUUUGCGAAGAAAUUCCUCGUUUGUCUCGGUUUGGCGCCUGAAGGACGAUGGAAAGACCUGGCACAUGGUUGCGGAUGACAAUGACUGGGAGUUACGCUUUGAAUGGAAACGCGUUGGCAUCUCAGCGAGCACAGUGACGAUCACAUGGGAGAUUCCAAAAGAUUGUCCUCAUGGCAGCUAUAGCCUGUAUUAUUCAGGGGAAGCCAAGCACAGGUCAUCAAUCAUCAAAAUCGAGGGACAUACGAGAACGUUCCAGGUUUCGAACAAGACAAGCUACCCUUACUAUGACGUGCCCGAUGUGAACAUGACUGAAAGAAUGAGGCGAACGGAGCAGCCGACCUCCUGA